UUCGGGCAAAGUCGGAAAUCUCCGGCGAAAAACAAAAAAUCUUUCACUCUACCAACCUGUCAAACAAAAUGUCUCCAUCAGUAUUUAUAUUUAUUAAAUAACAAAUAAAUAAAAGAUAAUUGGAGCAGUGCCUAUAAAUAAUCGAAAGCCAAUAAAUGAAUAAUUGAAUUAAAUUCUAUGCAUUGACAGAAAUAUUUAAUGAGUACAAAGUCCAAAAAGAGCAUCCCACAUCACCAUCAGUAAAUACAGUAAAUCCAGUGGGUAUUUAUUUAUUUUUAACUAUGGUGGAUGGUAAAAGCAGGUAAAAGUAAAAGACUGGAGAUGUCAUGGCUGACUCACUCUCACCAUUACCACCAUCAUUUACAAUAAUUUAGUACAUAACUAAAUAUUCAAGGAACAUUUUCGUUACGAGUUACAAUACACGGUAAUAAACUAUGCUGAUGCUGGUACAGCUGAGUCAAUAGGCGUGACAUAUAUACUUUAUUGUGUUGUUUAAGUAAGUGAUUAUUGGUGAUAAUUUACCAAGUAUUAUUAUUAUUUUUCUUAUUAUUAUUGUAAUUAUUAUUGUCAUCGUCAUCAGUGCAGCAGAACCACUUGACUUUUAAAAAAAAUAAUAAACAAUAACAGGUGCGUAGAUGUGUGGGUGGGUGCUUACGCUGAUGAACGAGGGUAAGUGAUAUAUUUCAAGUGCUUCCGCGAGUGGUCAGUUGUCCUGGAAGUGAUUGCUGAAGCGCAAUAAUUCUUAUUAUUUACUCAAAAGUUACAAAAAAAUUCAACAAUAUUAAUUAUGAAUUCACUGGGCGAGUUUUGCUCUCUUUUCUGCUGUCCGCCUUGUCCGUCCAGGAUAGUCGCCAAACUGGCGUUCGCACCUCCAGAACCCACCUACAGCUUUUUAGAAGACGAAGGCUCCAAGUUCACGAUAUCUUUAUCAAAGAGAGCCGAGUGGCACUACACCGAGCGCGAAAAGGAGUCCAUUGAAGGAUUCUACGCGAGGACAUCUAGAGGAAACCGAAUUGCGUGUCUGUUCGUGAGGUGUUCAGCGACUGCCAGGUUCACGAUUCUUUUCUCCCAUGGCAAUGCUGUGGACCUGGGCCAGAUGUCAAGCUUCUAUUUGGGACUUGGGUCCAGGAUCAACUGCAACAUAUUCAGCUACGACUACUCCGGCUACGGGGUCUCCGGGGGAAAACCCUCGGAGAAGAACCUCUAUGCGGACAUCGACGCUGCUUGGCACGCUCUCAGGACCAGGUAUGGCAUCAGCCCGGAAAAUAUUAUUCUGUAUGGUCAGAGCAUCGGAACAGUACCGACUGUUGACUUGGCUGCGAGAUAUGAGGUAGGAGCUGUUAUUCUUCACUCACCGCUGAUGUCCGGGAUGAGGGUUGCCUUUCCUAACACCAAGAGGACUUGGUUCUUUGACGCUUUUCUUAGCAUAGACAAAGUACCCAAAGUAAUGUCACCUGUCUUGGUGAUUCACGGCACGGAAGAUGAUGUCAUUAAUAUCAGCCAUGGUUUAGCGAUAUAUGAAAGAUGUCCUAAAGCUGUUGAGCCACUAUGGGUUGAGGGAGCUGGUCACAAUGAUGUCGAGCUGUACAACCAAUAUCUAGAAAGAUUGAAACACUUUGUCAGUGUCGAGUUGGUAAACUGACGUCGAUUGAGCUGCUCCCAGAGCCAACAGCAGGGCGUCGUAGCUGUAGGACA